AUGUCUUUGAGCCCUCCAAGAGCCAACGGCAAUGGGAGCUUCACCCUCUACUGGUGUUACCAGUGUCAUCGGACUGUCCGGAUAGCGUCCGAAGAUCCGUCCAGCAUCAUCUGCCCCCGGUGCCUCGGCCAAUUUCUAUACGAAAUCGACAUGGCGAGACCGCAACCUGUUCUUGAAUUCACCGCAUUCGAUCCCUCCCCGGAGGCCCGAAUUCUUGAAGCAUUGGCCCUCAUGCUUGAUCGUCCACUUGGAUUCAACCACACUAGAACUGAUGGCCCGAGUGAUCGGGCCUCAAUUAUGGGUCAAACACGGGCUCAUGGCCGGAGAAGACGGCGUCAUAGGGAGCCAGAAGAGGGAGGAAACGAAAGCUGGUUCCGGAGAAGGGGUCCUUCGUUUGGUGAGGAGGAUGACGACGACGAUUGGGGUCCAGACAGUGGGAGAACCUGGAUUGUUCUCCGGCCCACGGGCCAUAUCCCUGCAAACAGAAACAGGCCAAGAGAGAGGCUACUCCCACCGGGUGUAGACCCUAGGAACUACUUCACUGGGCCAGGACUGCAAGGGCUGAUCGAGGAGAUAACUCAGAACGACAGGCCCGGACCGCCACCGGCUCCAGAUUCGGCUAUUGAUGCUAUUCCGACAAUUAAAAUUGCACAAACACAUCUGGAGACAGACACUGAAUGCCCCGUUUGCAAGGAAGAAUUAAAAAUUGGGACGGAAGCAAGAGAGUUACCAUGCAAACAUAUCUUCCAUUCUGACUGCAUUGUUCCAUGGCUGAGGCUCCAUAAUUCUUGCCCCGUAUGCCGCCAUGAACUCGAGAUUCCGAAUCAAACUUGUGAAGACGAAUCCCACCAAAUCCAUGUUGAAGACAGGAGGUGCCCACGGCUGAGGAGGAUGGCAGACAUGUGGCCGUUCCGCUCCAGAUAUCGGCCACUUCGUCCACGUGGAGAUGGGGCCGGACAUCGCCAUGGUGAGAACUGAACCGAAUAAAACUAACAAUGGACUGCAAUAAUAAUUGUACAAAUUCUAUAAUGUGUAAAUGCAUAUCAAGUUGAAAACAAUAAUAACAUCAAGCUGUCCCGAUUCUACUGUCGUGUAAUUAGUUACAUCUACCUGUUUUCAGCUGCUGAAUCUUGGAGGUGUAAUAUACUGUAGAGCACGCAGCAAAAGACAGAAGACAAAUGAUAUUUACCAUGGUUCUGGUGUUCGAGAUCAGCAGUGAUGAA